ACAGGGUGCCUUUAUUGUAUAGAAUCUGGUGUGUGCGCCGUUUUCCUCAACUUUUUUUUUUCACAGGCUGUCGCUGCUGUUAUUUAGGCACAGAGAAAGGAAGUAGCGGCAGGCUAGCUGGUUAGCCGGUCUGAAAUCACACCGUCUGUUAGGAAAGAGGAAUUUUUUUAUCCCCAGAAACGACUCUUCGCUGUUUAAGUAGUCUGCGCUUUUUGUUCCUCUCUCGGUUCAUUUCAGGUUCUUUUCGCCUCGGAUCGAAACAUUCAGAGUGAUUCAGCUGUGAGCUUUGUCUGUUUGCCACUUUACCGUUUGUAGCCUGCUAGGGAUAAACCAGCCUUAUUUUCACCAGAGGAGAAAGCAGAGGGGGCAAAGGCAGAAUUGCGACGUGAUUAUCAUUUUUUUUUUCAGCAGUUGGUUGAAUCGCGGUGGCAUUUGAGGAUUAUACCAGGACAAUGAGAAAAACAGACGGCAAAGGUGCUGCGUGGUGAGAGCGAAGCAGUGGGUGCGGCAUGCUGAGGCCACACCCCCUGGCUCAGAAUGAGUGUCAGAGAUGGCGCUGCCAACAUGGCAACGAAUGCAGGUGGUGGAGGCGGUGGUGGCGGGCUAGCUAGCCCUACUGAUCAAGAUGGCCGCUCAUACCUGCUCCAGAUCUAUCCAAGGUUGGCUGCCUAUCCCUCCACCUGCUGCAACCUUAGAGUGCAGAAGGAUGCAACGGCAGCUUCGGUGAUUUCGGACGCUGCUACAGCACUGGGGCUGGACCCUAGCCGCCUGUAUGUGCUGGCAGAGGUGAAGGAAUGUGGCGGGGAAGAGUGGGUACUGGAGGCUGGAGACCUACCAGUACAGAGGUUUCUGCUGUGGCCUCGAAAAGCCCAGGAGCAACACCCCCAGAACUUUGGCUUUUACUUCUUACUACAGGAGAGGAAUCGCGAUGGCUCAAUCCGUUAUGUCCACCUCCCAACCUUGUCCAAGGAACAAGAGGCACAGCGGCUUGCUGCCAGGGGUUUCCUUCCCCGUCCCCAGGAUGAUUUUGCAGACCUCUGCAACCUCCCCGUCCUCAAUGAGGACAGUAUAUUAAACAACUUGCGCACACGGUUUUACAAGAAAAAGAUCUACACCUAUGCAGGCAGCAUCCUCAUCGCCAUCAACCCCUUUAAGUUCCUGCCUAUCUACAACCCUAAGUAUGUCAAGAUGUACGAGAACCACCAGCUGGGCAAACUGGAGCCUCAUAUUUUUGCUAUCGCAGAUGUGGCCUACUAUGCUAUGCUCAGGAAGAAGGUCAACCAAUGCAUUGUCAUCUCUGGGGAAAGUGGCUCAGGCAAGACCCAGAGUACUAACUUCCUGAUCCACUGUCUGACUGCCCUCAGCCAGAAGGGCUAUGCCAGUGGGGUAGAGAGGACCAUUCUGGGGGCUGGACCUGUUCUAGAGGCCUUUGGGAACGCUAAGACAGCCCACAACAACAACUCCAGCCGCUUUGGUAAAUUCAUCCAGGUUAAUUAUCUGGAGAGUGGAGUGGUCAGAGGGGCAGUGGUGGAGAAGUACCUCCUGGAGAAGUCUCGUCUGGUCUCCAGAGAGAAGAAUGAGAGGAACUACCACGUGUUUUACUACCUGCUGCUGGGUGCUUCAGAGGAAGAAAGAAAGGAAUUUAAAUUGCUGCCGCCUGAAGACUAUUUCUACCUCAAGCAGCAAAAUUUUAAGAUAGAAGAUGAGGAAGAUUUGCGUCAUGAUUUUGAAAGGCUGCAGCAGGCGAUGGAGAUGGUCGGCUUCCUUCCUGCCACCAAGAAACAGAUCUUUUCUGUGCUCUCUGCCAUCUUGUACCUUGGCAACGUGACCUACACGAAGAAGGCAACAGGCCGAGAAGAAGGCUUGGAUGUAGGACCACCAGAAGUCCUGGCAACCCUCUCUGACCUGCUAAAGGUUAAAGAGGAGCUGCUGGUUGAGGCGCUGACAAAGAGGAAGACGGUGACUGUCAACGACAAGCUGAUCCUCCCCUACAGACACUCUGAGGCUAUUACCGCAAGGGAUUCUAUGGCCAAAUCUCUGUACAGCGCCUUAUUUGACUGGAUUGUUCUGCGCAUCAAUCACGCACUGCUCAACAAGAAAGACAUGGAGGAAUCUGUUCCAUGCUUAUCCAUCGGUGUGCUGGACAUUUUUGGCUUUGAGGACUUUGAGACCAACAGCUUCGAGCAGUUUUGCAUCAACUAUGCAAAUGAGCAGCUGCAGUAUUACUUCAACCAUCACAUCUUCAAUCUGGAACAGGAGGAGUACCAAGCAGAGGGAAUCACCUGGCACAACAUAGACUACAUAGACAAUGUGGGCUGCAUCCAUCUCAUCAGCAAGAAGCCCACUGGCUUGCUCUACCUCCUGGAUGAAGAGAGCAACUUUCCUCAUGCCACAGAUGAGACCUUAUUAGCCAAAUUCAAGCAGCAGCACCAGUGCAAUAAAUACUUUGUACCCACACCAGUCAUGGAGCCCGCUUUCGUCAUUCAACACUUUGCUGGGAAAGUAAAAUAUCACAUCAAGGAUUUCCGGGAGAAGAACACAGACCACAUGCGCCCGGACAUUGUAGCACUGUUACGAAGCAGCGACAGAGCAUAUGUGCGGCAGCUCAUAGGCAUGGAUCCGGUGGCCAUGUUUCGAUGGGGCAUCCUGAGAGCUACGAUCAGGGGCCUGGCUGCUUUCAAUGAGGCUGGUCGCGCCUGGGCAGCUAAAACUGCAGGUGUUGUCCGUCCAGUCACCAGAACUCCUUUAGGAGAGCUUCAGCGGUCCAAUGCACCAAUAGAAAGAAUGUACAAACGAGCUUCUAUGCUCGAUUUCUACUUUGAUCACUCAGAGGAGCGCCCUCUAGAGGCCUUUGAAGACAUCUUUGCUAGCUAUGACAGUAAGAAAGACAUGCAUGCAGAGAUCAUCAGCUCCAUUAAGAACUUGCAGUUGGAUGGUGAAGACCCUCGCAAACUGCUGCAAUCCUGGGGUCGCCUCCGGUUCCCGCGACACGUCCUUCAGAAAAACAAGAUGAUCAAACAAAGACAGCCCAUCCCAAAGAAUCUGCUGGAUUCUCAAUCUCUAAAGGUCAUCGUGAGCCUGACUUUGCACGAUCGCACUACCAAGUCUCUGCUCCACCUGCACAAGAAGAAAAAACCUCCCAGCAUCAGUGCCCAGUUCCAGACGUCUCUGACCAAGCUCUUAGAGACUCUGAACAGAGCAGAGCCUUUCUUCAUCCGGUGUAUCCGCUCCAAUGCUGAGAAGAGGGAGAUGCAUCUGGAUGAAGCCUUGGUGGUGCAGCAGCUGCGAUACACAGGAAUGCUGGAAACCGUUCGUAUCAGGAGGUCAGGCUACGGAGCCAAGUACACAUUCCAGGAGUUCAUGGAACAAUUCAGAGUUUUGCUGCCAAAGAAUGCUUCUGCCUCUAAAGAGGACAUCUCAGCUCUGCUCGAGAAGAAGAUGGGCCUGAACCCCACGACUUACCAGAUAGGCAAAACUAAGGUAUUCUUGAAAGAGCUGGAGCGACAGCAGCUGCAGGAUGUGCUGCACAAGGACGUCAUGCGCAAGAUCAUCUUCCUUCAGCGCCGGGUCAGAGCUCACCUGCAGAGGAGAGAGUUUCUAGAAAUGAGACGGGCAGCCAUCUCGAUCCAGCGUUCAUGGCGCAGGUACCGCAGAGAAAGACGACAGGCAGCCACUCUGAUCCAGGCAGUGUGGAGAGGGCACAAACAGAGAUCAGAGUACGCCAGGCAAAGAAGGGGUGCUACAAAAAUCCAAGCCCUGGUCAGAGGACACUCAGCACGCAGAAGAUGCCACUCCAUACGUGAGGAAAAACGGAAGAAAGAGGAGGAAGAAGAAGCUCGCAGGAGGGCAGAAGAAGAAAGGAGGAGGAGGGAAGAGGAGGAAGAGGCUAGAAGAAAAGAGGCAGAAGAGGAAAGACUAAGGAUGGAAGAAGCAGCAAGGAGAAGGGCAGAAGAGGCAGCCAGGAGAGCAGAAGAAGAGGAGCAAAGACUGGCAAGAGAACCUCAAACAAGAGAGGACUCAGAUAUAGAGCUGGUCACUGAGGAGAUGCUGGACAAAAACCUCCCUGUCCAGAGGUUAGAGGAGGAAAAGGAGGAAGAAGAGACGAGACGACAGGGGGGUGAAGAGGUUAAUAAAAGUUUGCAUUCAGAGGAGGAACAGGGCAAAGAGGAAGAACUAGAGAAUGAGGGAAUGUUUAUGGAAACUUCUGGUACCCAAGCUGAGGCUGGACCCCAGCUGUAUAAGAAAGGGGACGAGGAUUUGGAGAACCAAACACUAGAAGAGCUAGAGUCAAAAUCUGAUCUGCCCUCUAAUGCACUUACACUCGCAUCUCCAGCUGAGGGGGAGGAUAAAGAGGCUAGCACUACCUCCACAUCUUCAGAUGCUGAACAAAAGCGAGUACAACCUUCAGCUAUUAACAGAGGCCAGUCAACCAGGAGUCAGGAGAAGCGAGAGCAGAGGAGACGAAGAGGGCUGGAACACAGCCGCAGAGAGUCUGAACGAGCUGCCUCCGCUUCAUCCAUCACCAAGGAUCCAAAAUCCACACAGACGAGCAAAAACCAGGAGACGUCAAAGCUAAAAGAGCGGUCGGACAGCAAGGAGCUGGACCAGUACACCUUUGUGACCUGGAAAGGGAAGGAAGACAAGGGAGGGAAGGAGGAGGCAAAAAGUUCUCCUCCCUCUGCUGGUCCUGUUCGUCCAUCUACAUUAACCCUGCAGCUCACUCAUUCCAAUGGCCUAGGCGAGAGUGCCGGAACGGUAACUCUGCAGCGUCGGCCUGGAGCAAUAAAGGAGAAGCCAGAGAAGUGGAAGGGGAGGAGCAGUAAUGGAGAACUCUCUGAGAGCACCAACCCUCUUCCACCUCAAAGCAGAGGAGAAAGGACCAAAAAGCUGAAUGAAACAUCCUCAUCGAUUGAUAGCUUGUCUCCAGGUUCUGAAGCCGCAGGUCCCAUUUGCACCAAAGAGCUUUCCCCAGCUGAACGUUCUGGUGAUAUCUCAAAGGGAGGCUCCAUGAGAAAGAGACAGCCGGAGCCUUCUGGUUACCAAGAUUCACCCCACUUCAUCCCAUCCACACCAGAGAGGCCUAGCGGUUUCUUCAGCAAAAUUUUGAAAAAGCGCAAAGAGGCCCAGACUCCAGACAAUGGAGAGCUGACCUUUGCUCAAACCCUCAAUGAGAAGCAAACCACAUCGGAAGCACCAUCAUCCGGACACCCACCUCGGUCUCAUUCCCAGUCCAGUGACCGUGCUGGUAAACCUUUAGGCAAAAAUCCCAGCAUUAAAAUCAGUCGUGCCACGCGGGUCUCUGAACAGUGGAACGCCUCGCUGGAUCGAGAAAUCACUAACGCCAAUGAGCUGCGGCACCUUGAUGAGUUUUUGGGCAACCAGGUGAAUGAUUUCCGCUCCAGGGGCAAGACACUGUCAGAGACAGAAAACAUCUUUGUCACAGCCACCAUGCAGUUCAGAGAGAAUAUCAAAGCCAUGUAUUCUCUCCCAAAACCCACCAUUGGCUACAAAGGUCUAAUGUCAGGCUACCAGAACAAAGUGAUGCACCUGGCAGGGAGCAAAAAGGAAGAAGUCCAACUAGUGGUGAAUCUGUUCCAGUCAGUGCUGGAUGGCUUCAUCAGAGGAGAGAUGAAGAAGGAGGAGGCUGAUCCUAUGAAGCCUGCCAAAGCUAGAAAGAAGAGGAGGAAAAAAGACAAAAAUGUGGACAGUCCUCUGGAUCACAUUUUCAGCAACUAUCAGGUCAACAUUAUGCAGUCAUGUGACCAGUGUAGUUCUUACAUCUGGGGCAUGGAGAAAGCCUACAUGUGCAGCAACUGUAAAAUGGUGUGCCACAAGAAGUGCAUCUGCAAAAUAACCACUGACUGCUCCACCUACUGUGCCAAAAAGAAUGACGACGAGUUCACGGGGCAGCACUUCGGGGUGCGCGUGUGUCACCUGGUCAGUGAUAAGAAUCCAGUACCGAUGGUGCUGGAGAUGAUGCUGGAGCACGUGGAGAUGCACGGCCUGUACACGGAGGGCAUCUAUCGCAAAUCAGGCUCUGCCAACAGAAUUAAAGAGCUUCACCAGAGACUAGAUACAGACCCCCACUUGGCCUGCCUUGAAGACUAUCCCAUCCACACAGUGACAGGUUUGGUGAAGCAGUGGUUGAGAGAGCUGCCAGAUCCGCUCAUGACCUUUACACAUUACACCGACUUUCUGCAUGCAGUGGACCUCCCAGAGAAGCAGGAGCAGCUUCAUGCCAUCUAUAAAGUGCUGGAGGAGCUCCCUAUAGCAAACUACAACACAUUGGAGAGACUGGUCUUCCACCUCGUCAGGGUGUGCAAAGAAGAGGCUCACAACCGCAUGUCUCCUAACUCAUUGGCCAUUGUGUUUGCACCAUGUAUUCUGCGCUGCCCAGACAGCGAAGACCCGUUGCUCAGCAUGAAAGAUGUUGCCAAGACAACUGUGUGUGUGGAGAUGCUCAUCAACGAGCAGAUCCGACGCUACAAUGAGAAGAUGGAGGAGAUCGAGCAGCUGGAGUAUGCCGAAGCUCUAGCCGUUAACCAGCUGAAACUCAAGAGGAAGAACACGCACUACUGGCAUUUACCGCUCAGGUUAACAGCUCCUUACAAAGGAGUGGUGAUGCAUGAGAAGGUCAGUACUGAUUUGAGUGUGGUCCCUGAGAACGAGCCUCUGGACUCGGACACAGAGGCUGAGAAGAACCUGGUGGAACGGAUCAAAUCCAUCAAACAGGAGAAAGAAGAUCUGGCCUGUCGACUGCCAGAGAUGGAGCAGCUUGGUUCAGACCAGGAGAAUUUGGACUCCGAAGCCUCGCUAAGCUCUGAGAGCCUCUUGGACGAGCAGCAGCGCUCUUCUGCCCACAGCUCAGACCCUGAAGGACGAGGUGGCCAUCAGCUAAGAACCAAACCACUUUGUGCUACCAGACCUUCAGAUCUAGCCCAGCGGCCUAAAGUCCCUGGUGGAUGCAUCUCUCUGCCAAACCUCACUCCUGCUAGCUCCACCUCUUCUCUGUCCAGCUGCACUUCUUCAACCUCUGAAUCCUCCAGCGCCUCCUUCAGGCAUCUGUUUCAACGCCGCAACCCUAUCAUCCCAAACACAAUUAAACUCCCCCUGGGAGUCCGCCCCCAGUCAGCAGCCUUGAGUCCAGCUCAGAUUUGUAAUCCUCCAGGAAAUCAAGGACCUGCCUACUCGGUCAAGAGACGAGAGCACCCCGGCCGCCGCAAAGACAGCACCCAGUCCCUUUACCUCGACGGCUCAGAGCGCGACUUGUUGUUGCAAUUUUCUUCCUGUUCUUUUUCAGCCGCUUCUUCCUCUUCUUCCAUUUCCACGGUUGCACCCUCUCCUCAGCUCCAGCACCUCAAGACAGAAGUCGCAAAUGCCCAGAGACGAUUUUCUGACCCAGACAUCCCAUACAUGGACGAUGAUGUCUGAGCAGGGAGGAACAGAAACGACUGGAGUAGUGAAGAGGAUUAAGGGCAGCAAUCUGCAAACAGAGAGCGCUCGCAGAGGAUGGAACUUUAUUUGUGUAUGAACGGAAACGAGAGGACGUGAUGAAGCGUGCAGCUCCUGCAGUGACGAACUCAAGUCACAAAAUGCAGCUUCUGCUAUCUGAGGCAAGGCAAUGCAAACGUGUCGUCAACCUAUGACAGCAAAAAUGACUGGACCAGAUGUUGCCAAGCACCUUUUCGGUCUUUUUAAUAUAUUGUCCAUACUGUCAGUGAAGUCAGUUGGACCAGAGGCUGUUUUUUCCCCUGUAGCCUCAUGAUGAUUUUUCUUUUUUUUUUUUUUUUAAAUUGUGCUAAUUCAAAAAAUAUUGCAGAUUUCAGUCGCACUUUUCAUUUCUUAGUUCUCCCAGUGAGCAAAAUAUGCUCUCUGAAAUGUUAGGUAGUGCCUUGAUAUUGUACAUUGACUUGAUAAAGAAGCUCAUUCUCAUGUCAUGAUGAUGGAACAGUGCUCGUAGAGGGAGGGAGGGAGGGUUGUGUUUAUUGUUCAAAACAAGGACCUAAACCUGCACAUUGUGACUAUUGCACACACAAAAAAAAAACCAACCUCUGUUUGCCUUCAUCUUUUACCUGCCGCACAACACUCCGGAUAGGAAGUCAUUGCAUUCACAUAGCAAAGGGAAUGGGAGCAGCACACGCCACUUUCUCCGCUGAAACGACAAAAAAACACAAACCCAACCAUGAUCCAACAGCCAUGCCGCAAUGUACCCCUGAACUUCCCCUCCUCUAAAAUCACUCAGCCCCACGAUGAGAAACAUCUCCUGAAGCUCAGCUUCGUAUGAAACCUAAUACUAAUGUUCCUCUGACUGAUGUUCUGAUGUUCGCUAGUUCGUUUGGAUUAUGAGGAAGAUGUUCUGAUGUGUAAUAGAGCGUGUAUGGUGUCUGCGACUGAACGAGCUGUAAUGGUUGCUAGUAUUAACAUGAAAAUACAGUACAUGAUGCUUGUAA